AUGAUGAAUCUAACACAAUAUCGUCAUGUAUUUCGUUAUUUAUCGUAUGCUUUCAUUGAUACAACAUUUCUUAAUGAUUGUCAAGCUAAUAAUUGGCAAGAAAAUUUUUGGAUUUCAACUGAAUUUCAACGUGUAAUUGCGACUAAAGGAGAAUCAUUAAAUCCAUUUUUACGUCCUCCACGAUGGAUUAUUAUUUACCGCAACCAGCAAUUAAUUUUUCUUAGCGCUUUAGAAGCCAAUUGGUUAAUAGGUCGUUGA